AUGAGAGAUUUCCUGCUACUUUUCACUAUAUUUGCAACAUCGUAUUGCAAGCCGGACUUCGUGUACCAACAUGAAACCAAAACUUCAUCACAACAACGUUCCUUCACUGUCGACUACGUGAAUGGAGUUUUUCGAAUGGACGACAAACCGUUCACAUAUUAUUCGGGCUCAAUUCACUACUUCCGGAUUCACGAAAAGCGAUGGAGCCAGCGUCUGAGACAGCUACGAGACCUAGGACUGAACGCAAUUCAAUACUACAUCCCGUGGAACUUUCACGAAGUUUUCGAGGGACAGUACAACUUUGUCGGUAAUCGCAAUUUCACCGAAUUCUCUCGAUUGGCCUGGCAACAACAUGGGAUGUACACAAUUUUACGAGUCGGUCCCUACGUUUGCGGAGAAUGGGAAAACGGUGGUUUCCCGGCAUAUGUUACUGAUGGAAAUCUGACGCUUCGCUCUUCAGAUGAACGCUACUUGUUCUAUGUGAAGAAAUGGUUCGAUGUCUUGUUGCCAAAGAUCAAACCGAUGCUGUACAAUAAUGGAGGUCCAAUUUUAAUGGUGCAAAUCGAGAACGAAUUCGGCUGGACGGGACCAGAAUGUGACAAAAAGUACAUGAAAUGGUUACGAGAUCUUGCCUUGAAGCAUUUAGGAAAGGAUACUGUACUCUUUACAACCGAUCCGCUCGUCCAUGUAAAAUGUGGAAUGAUCCAUGGAGUGUUACCGACAAUCGACUUUGGUGCCUUCAAGAAUCGAUCAGAGAUUCAGCAGCAAGUUCUCCAGCUUCAGCAGCUCCUCCCCGGUGGAAAAGGUCCACUCGUGAAUUCCGAGUACUACACAGGAUGGAUCAUGUAUUGGAAGGAAACCGAGAAUCAAAUGAGACAAGAAAUUCCAUCCGAAGAUGAAGUUGUUGAUGGAAUCAAAUCAAUGAAAUUGAUGAAAAUGAAUUUCAAUCUUUACAUGGCUUUUGGUGGAACGAAUUUUGGAUAUUGGAAUGGAGGGAACAAGGAUAAACCGGUGUUGACCUCGUACGACUACGGUGCCCCAUAUGCGGAGGAUGGUUCCACUCGACCUUUGGCCAACAAAAUUGAGCAAGCGAUUCGCGAAGGAGAUAAUGAUUAUUAUGAUAAACACCCAGAAUUUUUGAAAACAAUUCGAAAUAGUCGGAAUGGAGAUUUAACAUUUGGCAAUUUGACGAUCGAUGUUCAACAAAUGGCCACCAUGAUUGGACUUGUAGCGUCAAACCCCAACAAAUGCAAUGGGAAAACGUUUGCCGAUUGCAAACAUCCCUAUGGAUUGAUGUGCUACGAGAUAAAAGAUGACGGACUCGUCUUUGAAGGUUAUGUUUACAAGUAUGAGUCUGGGAUCACCUGUGUCGAGAACUACGGUCGACUCAAUUCAGGGGUCAACUCGAAAUGGGGUUUGAUCAAUGGAACGGCGAAAGCGGCUUGGGUUAUCGAUGAUCCACUAAUUUUAUCAAUUGGAAGAAACGGAGGGAAACGAUUUGGAAGGUCUGGCGCUGGUGUCUAUCGCGGAACUUUCUCGCGAACUCCUCAACAAAUUGCCUCCAAUUUGGGUACUCACAUCUCAUUCGUCAACUGGGGCAAAGGAUUUCUUUUCGUCAAUGGCAAGAAUAUGGGACGAUAUUGGAGUCUCGGGCCACAACUUUCCCUGUACGUGGACGCGUAUUUCCUGAAAAGCGAUGGGGAAAACGAGGUGAUCUUCUUGGAGCUGAAAGAUGUGAAUCGCGGUUGCGAGGGUGACACUUGCUAUUUGAUCACCUCGGAGUCAGCCAUCUGGACGUUUGGCCCUAGGUUC